GAACACACCCUGAAGGCUCAAAGCAAAGCUGCUCAAAGCAUGUCGUGUGCGCUGGUUGGCCCCUCUGGAGCUCCAGUCUCUCUGGAGGACGGACGAGCCGUGAUUCUGGGCCGGGGUCCGGAGACCGGUGUCACCGACAAGAAGUGCUCCAGGCACCAGGUGAAGGUGGUGGCUCACUAUGCAGACCAGGAUGUUGUUGUUACCCAGUUGGGGCCCAAUCCCAGUUUCCUGGACGGUGAGAAGCUAGGACGGAGCCAGUCUGGUAAACUCACCCAUGGAGGCACCUUGUUCCUGGUUAACCAGAGCCACCCGUUCAAACUGCACUACACUCUGAGAUCAAACGGAGCGGCUCCCAGCGCUGCACAGAAAGGCCUGAAAGCCACCGAUAAGACAAAGGGAGGCAGAAAUGGGAAAGAGAAAGAGGCACAGUCCAGUCCAAUUCCCAAGCGCAGUUUAAAGGAUUUCUUUCCUACCUCUCCCAAGAAGUCAUCUAAAAGACAGCUGAGUCCAGAGAGGGGACACCCUGAGGUGAAGCGCCAAAGACGAGACGAGGAGGCCUCAGACGGGCGAGUGAAGGACGAGGAUGAUGAUGAAGAAGAGGAGAGAAUGGCAGAGGAAAAGCUCAAGCAGCUGCAGCAGUUGGCAGAGAAAUCUAUGACAGAGAGGAGUAACAGCACCCAGCCUUCAUCAUCUUCAUCCUCUUCAAAGGAGUGUCUGAAGAGCAGCUGGCAGCAGAUCGGCAGCCUGAUGCUUUACACGGCUGCUGGAGUCAAAGGGAGUGAAAAGAUUGCUGGGUUUGACAUUGAUGGCUGCAUCAUCACUACCAAGUCUGGGAAAGUCUUUCCCACUGCGCCAGAUGACUGGAAGAUUCUGUAUCCUGAGAUUCAGCCCAGGCUGGCUAACCUGCUCAAGAAAGGAUACAAGGUGGUGUUCUUCACCAACCAGAUGGGGAUCUCUAGAGGAAAACUGAGACCAGAAGUCUUUAAAUCCAAAGUGGAGGACAUCCUCGCCACGCUGAAGCUACCUGUGCAGGUGUUCAUAUCAACCAGUCCUGGUAUGUACAGGAAACCGGUGAUGGGAAUGUGGAACCACUUGUGUGAGAAGGCAAAUGAUGACGUUCCCGUUGACAAGACACAGACUCUUUAUGUCGGAGAUGCUGCGGGCAGGCCGGAGAACUGGGCUCCAGGAAGGAAGAAGAAGGAUUUCUCCUGCAGUGACAGACUGUUUGCUCUGAACAUUGGAGUUCAGUUCCACACCCCAGAGGAGUACUUCCUGGGCUGGAAGAGCGCCCCCUACAGCCUGCCUCAGUUUGACCCUAGGAAGAUGGACUCCACCGCCCGGCUGUUCGACCCUCCGUCUGCCUCUCUCACCUCCGGCACGACAGAAGUCAUCGUCGCCGUGGGUUUCCCUGGUUCUGGUAAAUCCACCUUCUUCCACGCCCACGUCAUUCCCAAAGGCUACGUGUAUGUCAACAGGGACACACUCGGUUCAUGGCAGAGCUGCGUUUCGGCAUGUGAGCGUGCCCUGAAAGAAGGCCGAAGCGUCGCCGUGGACAACACCAACCCAGACCUAGAUUCUCGCAAACGAUAUGUGGACGUAGCCAAGGCAGCAGGAGUGCAGUGUCGCUGUUUCCACUUCUCCGCCUCUCUGGAUCAAGCCAAGCACAACAACAGAUUCCGUGAGAUGGCUCCAUCGAACAGCAAACACCUCAAGGUCAAUGACAUGAUUUACCACAGCUACAAGAAACACUUUGUGGCUCCUGCUCUCCAGGAGGGAUUCUCCGAGGUCCUCCAGAUCCACUUUGUCCCAAACUUCAAGGACAGCCAAUCAGAAAUCUUGUUCCGGCAGUUUUCUGAGGGCUGAUUGGACAGCUGGCUUUUUCGUUUGACUUUCAAAUUCUCACUUGACACGAAAAAAUAAAAAAUAAAUAUGCAAAUAACAGCUAUAGAAGCAGCUGAAGAGAAAGAUCCAACCAACGAGCAACAGAUACAAAAUACACAUCCGGUUAGUCAGCAGACACAGAGAAGGUUUUCUGUUUCAGCUGCUGGACUGUUUGGGCUCUUCGCUAACUUCUGUGCAGUGCUUCAAUGAAUACUGUAUGUCAAUGGCCUCUAACUUCAAAUUAAGACCAGUGAUGUUAACUUGACAC